AUGGCACGCGUUAUAUGGUUUGCGUUACUAAUACUAACAUCGAUAUGUCUUUAUUUUUAUAAACCUUUUGAUACUUUGCCUUUCUCAAUUUCUACUUUUCCAAAAAAAGGUAAAGAAUUGGUUUCUCCAGAUGCAUUAAACCUUCUGCAAAUUCAUACAAAUUAUGCUGCUGCUGCAUACUGUUCAAAGCAAAACUUAAGUAGUUGGACUUGUGGUUAUCGAUGUUUUGGCAAUGUUACUAUUGAAAAAAUAUUCCAUGAUGAGAUUAAAGGUGCUUAUGGGUACAUCGCAGUUAGUGAAGAGAAUAAAACUAUCAUUGUUGCUUUUAGAGGGAGUGCGGAUGUUGUAAAUUGGAUAUAUAAUUUACAAUUUGCACAACUUGACUAUGAAUUCCCUGGAAUCGAAGGUGCUUUGGUACAUGGUGGAUUUUAUCAUGCUUAUGAACGCGUAAAGGGCACUAUAUUAUGGACGAUUCAAUGGUUGAUGACAAGGGAAGAAAAUUCAUGUCGUGGAUAUGAUCUUGUUAUAACUGGGCAUUCUUUGGGAGGUGCCCUGUCUUCAUUUUUAGCCAUAGAUGUAAAACGUUACAUCCUUGAUCCAAUUCUUUCCUCACCAACGCAUUGCCUCCUUCCUUUUAAAAUUCAUCUGACAACCAUAGGUCAACCUAGAAUUGGUAACCACAUCUAUGCAAAAAUAAUACAAACACAGCUAAUUUCUCAAACAUCACCUUUAAAGCAUAAAGUAACAAGAAUAACUCAUCGGAAUGAUUUGGUAGUACAUUUACCUCCAUCGAAAAGGGGAUUUGUACAUCAUGCACAUGAAUUAUGGGUAAAAAAUAAAGAUCAAUCUUUUUUUUGUGAUGAUAUCGUAGAGGGUUCUGAGGAUCCAGUUGAGGAUCCAGAGUGUCUUGCCGGUGCUAGGUGGUAUACUCCUGGUGCUCAUUUAUCUAUUUGGAAUACUACUUUUACAUUUUUUUGUUAA